CUGCGGCCCGGCGGGAUCUCGGGCCUCUGUUGAGGCGUUCCUGUCAGGUGACUACUGUGCCGGUUUCUUUUCUGCCUGCGUGCGUCUUGCCUGCAUUCUUUUUUAGGUAGGUGGAGGUGUAGCCUUGUUGGGUGGGAGCACCGCCUGAAUUUAUUGCUCCCAAGCCGUUUCUCCGAUCGCCGCUUGAAAUCUGACCUCUUCUUGCUCCUCGCAACUGAUCCUCUACCUGAUUCACUCUCCCCCCCAAGGGCUGAAAAAUUUCAGAUUCAGCUCAGUAAGCCUGACCACCAGAAAGUUCAGUGUCUCUGCUGGCACCAAGAAAACCCGACCCUCCUGCCUUGAUCAGCUCCCAGCGGUAAUCUGAUUCUUCCCCACCAAAGAAAUGGCACGGGGAAGGAGGACGAUGCAGAAGCUGAAGCUGAGUGCAUUGUACAGCUUCGCGCUCUGCGCCAAGGGCUCCUCCGAAGACCAGUCGAAGAUCGGGACGGCGGGCUUCUCCCGGGUCGUUUACGUCAACGAUCCCGACAGGCAUGAAGCAGAGGGCUUCAGGUACCCGCGCAACGAGGUGUCCACCACAAAGUACUCGCUCGUCACCUUCCUGCCCAAGUCCCUCUUUGAGCAGUUCCGGAGGGUCGCCAAUUUCUACUUCCUUGUCUCGGGCGCCCUUACGCUGACCAAGCUCGCGCCCUACUCGGCGGUCAGCGCGCUUCUGCCGUUGUUCUUCGUCAUUACCGCGACGAUGGUGAAGGAAGGAGUCGAGGAUUGGAGGAGGAAACAACAAGAUCAUGAGCUCAACAAUCGAAUAGUAAAAGUGCAUAGAGGGAAUGGCAGUUUUGAGGAGACAAAGUGGAAGUAUAUCAAAAUUGGAGAUGUAAUAAAGGUGGAGAAGGAUAAUUUCUUUCCCGCUGACUUGAUUCUGCUUUCAUCUAACUAUCCAGAUGGAAUCUGCUAUGUAGAGACUAUGAACCUUGAUGGUGAGACAAAUUUGAAAAUUAAACAAGCUCUUGAGGUGACAUUAGAUUUACAAGAGGAUGCUAGUUUCGGAAACCUCAAACCAAUAAUCAAGUGCGAAGAUCCAAAUGCGAAUCUUUACUCUUUUGUUGGUAUUGUUGAAUGGAAGGGCAUGCAGCAUCCUUUGUCACCCCAACAACUUCUUCUUCGGGACUCAAAGCUGCGGAAUACUGAUUACAUAUAUGGGGCUGUCAUCUUCACAGGUCAUGAUACAAAAGUAAUGCAAAAUGCAACUGAACCACCAUCUAAAAGAAGCAAGAUUGAGAAGAAAAUGGAUAAAAUCAUUUACGUGCUAAUGUUUUGUCUACUCGCAAUUGCAACACUUGGUUCAGUCUUUUUCGGUAUAUGGACCAAAGAUGAUUUAAAGAAUGGUAAGCCGAAACGGUGGUAUCUUCGGCCAGAUGAUUCAACUGUCUUCUAUGAUCCAAAACGACCAGCUCUGGCAUCCUUCUUUCAUUUGUUGACAGCCUUGAUGUUGUACAACUACUUUAUCCCAAUUUCUUUGUACAUAUCCAUUGAGAUGGUUAAGAUCUUACAGGCUCUAUUCAUCAACCGGGACAUUGAAAUGUAUCAUGAAGAAUCAGAUAAGCCAACUCAUGCUCGUACCUCGAAUCUAAAUGAGGAACUAGGUCAAGUUGACACAAUUCUCUCUGAUAAGACUGGUACAUUAACCUGCAACAUGAUGGAGUUUAUCAAAUGCUCGAUUGCUGGCACUGCCUAUGGUCAGUCUGUCACAGAAGUUGAGAAAGCUAUGGCUCUAAGGAAAGGGGUGCUGUUAGAUGAUGAGAUAGAACCUGGAGGGCACAAGGAGAAACAGAUAGAUGAAAGUCCUCAUGUUAAAGGUUUUAAUUUGAAGGAUCCACGUAUUAUGGAUGGAAAUUGGAUUCAUGAGCCUAACAAAGAUGUUAUAAGAGAUUUUUUCCGUCUGCUAGCCAUCUGUCAUACAUGCAUACCUGAAGUAGAUGAAACUGAUAAGGUUUCAUAUGAAGCUGAGUCCCCAGAUGAAGCUGCAUUUGUCAUUGCUGCAAGAGAAUUAGGGUUUGAGUUUUACAAGAGGGCACAAACAAGUAUAGUUAUUCGUGAACGGGAUCCUAACCAACAUGUCGUAGAUUAUCAAUAUAGAAAAUAUCAGCUCCUAAAUGUCUUGGAAUUCAGCAGCUCACGGAAACGGAUGUCUGUGAUAGUAAAGGAACCAGAGGGAAAGAUAUUACUGUUUAGCAAGGGUGCUGAUAGUGUGAUGUUCAGAAGACUUGCACCAGCUGGAAGAAAAUUUGAGGAAGAGACUAAAAGGCACAUAAAUGAGUAUUCUGAUUCUGGUUUAAGAACCUUAGUUCUUGCAUACCGUGUUUUGGAUCAGGAAGAGUACGAGAAAUUUGCUGCAAAAUUCAACACUGCCAAAAUAUCUGGAAGUGCCGACAGAGAUGAAAAAAUUGAAGAGGCUGCUGACAGCAUCGAGCAGGACCUGCUUCUUCUUGGUGCUACUGCUGUUGAAGAUAAGCUCCAGAAAGGGGUACCAGAAUGCAUUGACAAGCUUGCACAUGCGGGAAUUAAGAUAUGGGUGCUUACGGGUGACAAAAUGGAGACAGCUAUCAAUAUUGGCUUUGCUUGUAGCCUGCUUAGACAAGGAAUGACACAGAUAAUCAUCACAUUGGAAGCACCUGACAUCAUUGCGUUGGAGAAAAAUGGAGACAAGUAUUCCAUUGCAAAGGCAUCAAAGCAAAGUGUUAUGGAUCAGAUAGAGGAUGGAAUAAAACAAGUUCCCACCUCUAGUCAGUCCAGCACAGAAUCUUUUGCACUGAUAAUUGAUGGUAAAUCAUUAACUUAUGCUUUGGAAGAUGAUGUCAAGUUUAAGUUCUUGGAUCUUGCUCUCAACUGUGCAUCAGUCAUAUGUUGUCGAUCUUCACCGAAGCAGAAGGCAUUGGUUACAAGACUAGUUAAGCGUUCAAAUAAAGUCACCUUAGCAAUUGGUGAUGGGGCAAAUGAUGUUGGCAUGCUUCAGGAAGCUGACAUAGGGGUUGGCAUUAGUGGUGUUGAAGGGAUGCAGGCUGUCAUGGCAAGUGAUAUUGCUAUUGCCCAAUUCCGUUUCCUGGAACGGUUACUUCUGGUGCAUGGGCAUUGGUGUUACCGACGUAUUUCAGUGAUGAUAUGCUAUUUCUUCUACAAGAAUGUGACUUUUGGCGUCACCAUCUUUCUGUAUGAAGCGUUUGCAUCCUUUUCAGGGAAGCCAGCAUAUAAUGACUGGUUUUUGUCACUGUAUAAUGUUUUCUUCACCUCCCUUCCUGUCAUUGCGUUGGGAGUAUUUGAUCAGGAUGUUUCUUCCCGGUUGUGCCUACAGUAUCCAGAGCUAUACCAAGAAGGUGUGCAGAAUGUACUGUUCAGCUGGCGUCGGAUACUUGGCUGGAUGAUUAAUGGUGUCAUCAAUGCUGUCUUAAUAUUCUUCUUCUGCACUACCGCCCUGAAGGAUCAGGCGUUUCGUCAGGAUGGCCAAGUUGCAGGCUUGGAUGCCCUAGGUGCUGUCAUGUACACUUGUGUCGUAUGGGUUGUGAAUUGCCAAAUGGCACUCUCGGUGAAUUACUUCACCAUAAUCCAGCACAUAUUCAUAUGGGGUAGCAUUGCUGUGUGGUACCUGUUCCUCUUGGCUUAUGGCGCUGUUGACCCAAAGUACUCCACAACAGCAUAUAUGGUCUUCAUUGAACAGUUGGCGCCAUCACUGUCAUAUUGGCUGGUGACACUUCUCGUGGUGCUGGCAACACUCAUCCCUUACUUCUGCUACGCCGCAAUUCAGAUCCGCUUCUUCCCAAUGUUCCAUAACAAGAUUCAGUGGAAAAGAUACCUGGGGAAGGCUGAAGACCCAGAGGUGGCAAGGCAGUUGUCUUCACGACAACAAUCAUCAUCACACCCAAGGAUGGUUGGGAUCUCUGUUCGUCGUGACGGCAAGGCUAUGGAAGUUGACAAAGGAAACUGAUCUAGAAGUUCAAGGAUAACUUUUUUUUUUAUAGAUUUUGUGUUUUGUACAGAUUAUAGAAUGUUGUUGUCUCCUAAAAGAUGACAAAAGUGGACUGAGAAGAACUUGUGAAUAUUCUUGGUUUGUUGGUGCCAUGGAGUUCUUCCAGUUCAGAGGAUGGAGCUAGAUCACAGGAUUUCUUAGAUAGGUCCGAGAAAGAACAAGAUAAUACCUGGUGUAAAGUUCAUUUAGAAAUUGAAGGAUGUGCAUUUGUUUCCCCCGCUUUUACUUA